CGGCGCGGCGGAAGGGGCGGGGCGGGGCCGGGCGGAAGGGGCGGGGCCCGGCGCAGUCAUGGCGGCGGCGGCGGAGCCGGAGCCCCCGGCGGCGGCGGCGGCGGCGGAGGCGGCGGCGGGGGAGGAGGAGGAUGAAGGCGACGGUGACGCCGAGGCGCUGCGGGUGCUCGAGGAGCUGGUGGCGGAGCUCUACCGCUUCCGGGACCGGCUGCGGGGCGGCGACGGCGGUCGCCACGGCGACGGUCACCGCGGCGACGGCGACCCCGGCGACGGUGACGGGGACCCCGGCGACGGUCGCCGUGGCGACGGGGGCCCCGGCGACGCCGAGGCGCUGCUGGAGGAGGAGGUGGAGCGGACGCUGCGGCGCAUGGAGCAGGUGCAAGUGUCGCCGGGGGCGCGGGGCCAGGCGCUGGUGCUGCGGGCCCGGGCGCUGAGCGCCGUGGGGCGCCCCGAUGCGCGGGCCGAGGCGGCGCUGGGCCGGGCGCUGAAGCUGGCGCCGGGGCUGCCCGAGGCCUGGACGCGGCUCGGCGAGGCGGCGUGGCGGCGCGGCGACCCACGGCGGGCCCAGGCCUGCUUCGCCGGGGCUCUCCGGCACGGCCCGGACAAGGAGGCGCUGCGGUGCCUGUCGAUGGCGCUGCGGCAGGCGGGCCGGGGCCCCGGCGCCGUGCGGGAGAGCGUGGAACACGCCAAGGCCGCCGUGCGCCUCGACCCCGCCGACGGCCGCUCCUGGUACGUGCUGGGCAACGCCUACGUGUCGCUGUUCUUCGCCUGCGGCCAGAGCCCCGAGGCGGCGCGCCGGGCCCUCGGCGCCUACGCCCAGGCCGAGAAGGUGGAUCCGGAGGCGGCCAAGAACCCGGACCUGCACCUCAACCGGGCCACGCUGCUGCAGUACGAGGAGCGCUACGGGGCGGCGCUGGACGGCUUCGCCCGGGCGGCCGCCCUGGAGCCCGGCUGGGCCGAGCCCCGGCUGCGCCACGGCCGCCUGCUCGACUACCUGGGCCGCCUCUGCGCCCUGCUGGCCAAUCGGGGCAAGGUGGGGGGGCGGCGGCUGCGGGGGCUGCUGGCGCCGCUGCCCCCCGCCCUCCUGGGCCCCCUGGGCCGCCCGGGGGGGCCGUCGCCCGCCCCCGUGGCCGCCCUGCGCCCCGGCCCCAACCCCGGCCGGGCCCUGCUGGGCCGGGUGCUCUUCAGCCUCACGCCCCACGAGCGGGUGCCCUUCACGCUGGGGCUGGCGGACGGGGCGGGGACGGCGGUGGCCGUGUGCGUGUACAACGCGGCGCCGGGCUGGGGGGUGCUGGUGGGCGACGCCGUGGCCGUGCCCGAGCCCCACCUGCGCCAGCACCACGUCCAGCACCAGGGCCAGAGCUUCUCCUUCGCGGCGGUGCGGGUGGCCACGCCGCUGGGGCUGGUGGUCAACGGCCGCUGCCCCCGCCCCCAGGCCCAGGCCCCCGCCGGCCUGGCCUGCCGCCCCCCCCCGCCGGGGGCCACCAGCGACGACGUCCCCCCCCCGCCACCGCGGGCCACCAACGAGGACAACGUCCCGCCGCGGGCCACCACCGCCGAGGACGAGGACGAGGACGAGGACGGCGGCGACGUGCCCCCCCCGCGGCCGGCGACCCCCCCGCCCCGGGGGCAAUAAAGCGUGCCUUGCGGCGGCGGCGGCAGCGCCAUGUUCCUGCAGUACUACGAGAACGAGCGCGGCGAGCGCGUCUACACGCUGAAG